AUGGCCUCCAAGCAAAAGAGCCUCUCUCCCUCCUCGUCGUCGCCGGGCGCGGCGACCAAACUCCCCAAAUUCUUCCAGAAAUCGGGCAGGGACCGUUCGAAAUCCAUUGCCGACACCGCCGCAAGCACGGCUAGCACCUCCUCGUCCUCGUCCUCCAGCCCCGCCCCCGCCCCCGACGUCGCCAAGUCCCGCAAGCCUCUCAAGAAGGUCCUCUCGCCGACGAAGGAGCGCGAAGAGAAGCACCGUGCUUCUCACGACACGGACAGCAUCGACCGCGUCGAGGCGGAGACGCCUGCGGACGAACCCCCCGUCAUCGUCGAACCCGUGAACAUCCCGCGUCCCCGCACACGCGUCGACCGGCCCCCUACAGACCCCAGCAACACCUACCCGCAGGUCUAUUAUCCCUCCAGCUCCUCCGCAUCCCGCCUCACUGACCUCCCUACCCGUCUCUCCGGCUGGUUCUCGCACACCUUCUCCACCUCCUCCACCGACCUCUCCCUGCCCUCCCUGCUCUCCCAGCAGCAGCACGCAUCGAACACGACGUCCCCGCGUGGCAAGAGCUCCGCCCUCCUCACCGCUGCUCGCCACGGCAAGGGCCACCUCGACAAGGCGAUGCGCUAUCUUCUCGACAGCGAUGCAUUGCCCGAUAAAUGCUCAGACCCUAUAUGGCUGCUCGGCGUCGAGCACCCGGGCUACGAGCCAAGUCCGCCGCCGACGGCCUCGGCCUCGGCGCUGAGCGCGAGCGCAGGCUCAGCCGUCGUCCGACGCGGCUCCGCCGACUCGCGUCGUUCGCCAUCGUCGCUCCGCUCGUCAACAUCCUCCGCGCCCCCAACCCCGCAAGAUCCAUCGCCGCUCGAUGCCUCCUUCUCGUCCGCACAACUCACGCCGUCGUCUCCCACAUCAGGCAACAACGUGAAGGAUCCGUCGAAGAACUGGCCGCCUGUGUUCUACGCCGACUUCACCUCGCGUAUCUGGCUCACAUAUCGCUCGCAGUUCCAGCCGAUCCGCGAUACGACGCUCUCUGCACUUGAGACGGAGAUAGGUGAGAACUAUGCACCUACAAAUAGUCCGCAACCCAAGCGAUGGAACUGGCCGCUUGGCGGCGAGAAGGGAUGGACGAGCGACGCAGGAUGGGGUUGCAUGCUGCGCACGGGGCAGUCGCUACUUGCGAAUUCCCUGCUCCACUUACAUCUUGGCCGCGACUGGCGGCGGCCACCAUAUCCUAUUUAUACGGCGGACUACGCUACAUACGUACAGAUCAUCACUUGGUUCCUCGACAAUCCCUCCCCUCUAGCACCGUUUAGUGUCCAUCGGAUGGCCCUCAUUGGGAAGGAACUGGGCAAGGACGUUGGGCAGUGGUUCGGGCCCAGUACAGCAGCUGGCGCGAUCAAGACCCUCGUGCAUGCAUUCCCCGAGGCAGGUCUGGGCGUGUCUGUCGCUGCGGACGGGGGCGUGGUCUAUCAAUCCGACGUCUACGCUGUAUCCCAUUCGAUGAUGGGCUCGCCCAGAAGACACGCGCGGAUGGGCUGGGGUGACCGUGCUGUUCUCAUUCUCAUCGGCAUCCGUUUAGGACUCGAUGGAGUAAACCCCGUUUACUAUGAUACCGUCAAGGCUCUGUACACCUUCCCACAAUCCGUCGGCAUCGCUGGCGGACGGCCGUCUUCUUCGUAUUACUUCGUUGGUUCACAAACAGAUAACCUGUUCUACCUCGAUCCGCACCACGCCCGGCCUGCAGUCCCGCUUCGGCCGCCUCCCAGGUUUGGCGACACGCCGGCAUCGAGCAUCGAUGGGUACCCCGAGCGGGCGACGUCACCGGACAACUCGUACUCAUCUGACCGCGAGCGGGAACGUGACCGCCAUCCACGCAAGUCGCAUCACUUCCGGUCGCCCACCACGCCGACGUCGGUGCGGAUGAGCAGCGGCUCCGGCGCCUCGAGCUUCUCACAUCGUUCGUCGCCCGCGACGCCCUCCCCGCUCCAGCAACAGCUCUCCACGUCUUCGUCCAGCGCGACCUCGCAGUCAUCCUCGUCGCAGUCGCACGCGCGCUGGCAGUCGUCGCCGAACAUCCCGGACGACACAGACUUGGACAUGCGGGAGUUGGGCGCAGACCUGGACCCGAUACAGAGGCAUUAUGUGACGGCGUACUCGGCGACGGAGCUCAAGACGUUCCACUGCGACCGUGUGCGGAAGAUGCCCCUCUCGGGGUUGGACCCGAGCAUGCUCAUUGGCUUCCUGGUCAAGGAUGAGAAUGAUUGGCAUGACUUCAGGAAUCGGGUCGCUGAGCUCGCGAAGACGCACAAGCAGAUCUUCUACAUCCACGACGAGCCACCGAGCUGGCCGUCCGACCCGGAGGACAGCAUCGGCCUCGAGAGCAUUUCCGAGCCGGACAUCGACAUGCCUGAAGACGACGACGGCGACUUCUCUGACGGCCCGCGAUCCCCCAGUGCCUCGCCCGACACGAGCGUGCAAGGUGUCGGCUCGAAGAGCGAGGCGGACACGGAGGACGACCCCAUUGGACCUGUCACCCCAGGUCCCGGGACCGCCAAGUCGUCCUUCGAUAUACCCCAGCACGAGGUCAUGGCGAAGAGCAAAGGCUCACUCGACGAGCCGAUUGAUUUCGACGACGAGGAGGACGAGGAGUGGAUGGAUCCCGCACCGUAUCCCGAGGCCGAGCCGACGCCCUCGGUGAUACGCUCCGAGCAGGUACACGCGCCGUCGAUGAAGCCCUCGCUGUCGAAGGACUCGACGAUGAGCACGGGGACGAACGGGAGCAAGAAGCGGAAGAAGACGAAGAAGGGGGGCAGGGAGAAGCAGGUGCCCGUCCCCGUGCCUAUGCCGCCCGUGCAGUUCCCGUUCCCCGCGACGAGCCCGGACGACGACGGCUCGCCGCAAGACGCGGAGGACUACGAGGGGCGCGAGCGGGUGAGCACGGAGACGGGGAGCAAGCGGGUGCCGCAGAUGCGCACGGCGAAGGCGCGCGAUGGCGGACGGACGCAGAGCGGCGGAGUCAGGGGCGUGCCCGCUGACGACUUUGACGACUUCUGA